GUGUCGACUUCUCUAACAGUAAUAUAAUCUCAGCAAUCUUCUGUAUGAUGACUAGAACACAGCUGGUGUGAGUCUCUGUCUCUAUCACUCUUCCACAGCUUCUACAUCUCCAGUCCACAGUCACCUCACUUCAUUUCAUUUCGUUCCGGAUCACAUGAUUCAGACUGAGGCUCGGAAAGCUUGCAGAGAAAAAUACACCGACCUCGUCACUGUGUACUCUGAUGAAGACAACACUGAAAUGGCUGAACUGAUGAUGAAGGCUGGUAUUUACGAUGCCUGGAUCGGACUCUAUCGCAGUCACUUCAGUGAGAAAUGGUCUAAUGGUGAUAAUGUAACAUACAGAAAUCUGACAGGGGAUUGUGGGACAUCGAGCUACUGUGCUAUUAUGAAGCCUGGUGGUUCAUGGGAAAGUCUUAAGUGCACAGUGACAAGAUAUUUCAUGUGCUAUGAACAAGAAGCUUCCUCACAGACUCAUAAUUAUCAUCUUAUCCUUGAGAAUAAGACCUGGUAUGAAGCUCAGCGUUACUGUAGACAGAGAUACACUGACCUGGUCAGUAUCAGAGAUCAGCAGCACAAUGAAGAGGUGAGGAUUAAAGGGUUAAACAGCAGCACACCCUUCUGGAUCGGCCUGCUGUGUGAUGACUGGCAGUGGAUUGAUGGAGGAAUCUCUGCCUACAGAAACUGGGGUUGGCAGAGCGGUGAACCUCAUUCGUCACCAUACAACUGUGUAGUACAUGAUAGAUGGGGAUGGGGAUGGUACACAGUCCAGUGCGAUUAUACUUUCUCUGCUUUGUGCUACUCCAGUUACAUCCAUGUGAGUGAAGAGGCUUUGAGCUGGGAGAAAGCGCUGGAUUACUGUGAUAAAGGGAACAGAGCUGGAAUUCUGAUCAUCGAUUCUCAAGCUGAACAGGAACAGUUAGAGUCUGAGCUCAUGAGGAGACGUGUCCCUCAAGGGUCUCUGUGGGUGGGGCUUGGACCAAACCGUCUCUCUGAGCUGAAGGUGUCGUCUGUUCCGCUGACCUGCGAGGACAUACAGAGACAGAGUGAAGCUGACACACACACUGCAGAAGCAGCACCAGAUUAUGUGAUGGACUCCACUGAACUUCGAGUUGUGUGUAAACAGAAGUAAAACAUUUUCCUCGAUGCUGCAAGAACAGAGCACUGCACUGUUUAGAGUUUUCCAGCACAAACUCACCUGAACACUUCAUUAUGCAUUUGUUCUCUAGGUGAUGAGCUGAAUCACAGAGCAGGAAAAAGCAUAAAGUGAGCAGGAAGUGUUCACACACUCAGAGCUUCACACAUCAAUUGGUCUUCACAAGAAUAUUUAGAAUAUAUAUUUUAUGCUGUUAAUGCUUCUCUAAAUUCUUGUUUAAGAUAAAAUUGAUUAUACUUUCUUUUCUUUUACCAUAUCAAUAAUAAGAAACUGUCAUUUUAUU